GGACCGAGUCGUUUUUUUCCCAUUUUAUUUUGGUCACUACAGAUACAGGACGGUACGCCAAGCUUUCUUAUGCCUCUGAACGCAUUAAUCUCUUUGAUUCCGGCUGUCCUGGGACGCAUGUGGAUUGGACCGAGCUUGAGAAUCGUUACCUUUUCCGGCGUCGCCUGGAAUAUAUCGACCUCUUUAAUAUGCCAAUGCUGGAUCCCGAAUUGUACCUCAACCAUAGUGCCAUUCAGAAUCUCAUUGGCGUGUUGUAGUUGUACGAGGUGGUUAUCAUGGUAGAGAGGAAGGGGAUGCGCUUCGAACUUAUGUUUCAUAGUGUCGAAGUCUUGAGCAAACUGGUCCGGAAUAGCCAGUUUUUGUUUUCUUCACCAUUUUAGCGCACGUUGCCCGUGAGGCGAAUCACGAAUGAGAUUAGCUCGAGAACGUUUCUCCCAACUCAUCAGUAACGACCCUGCUUCAGUGAUGAUAUCCUUCAUCUUCAAGAGAUUUGACCAAUUCGAUUGCAUCGCUCCGAAGACAUGCCAGUGAUCGGUAAAGCAGG